AUGUUUCAAACACUAUCGUUUAAAUCAAUAGAGUGUCCAUAUAAUUCACAAUGUCCUUUAAAUACAUUAUGUUUUUUUAAACACACAUCUAUAGAUGUAAAUAAUAAUAUAAAUAACAAUAGUAAUAGUAUACUAAUUAAUAAUAAUAAUAAUAGUCAUUUGUUUAAUAAUAAUAAUAAUAAUAAUAAUAAUAAUAAUAAUAAUAAUAAUGAUAAUAAUAAUAAUGAUAAUAAUAAUAAUAAUAAUAAUAAUAAUAAUUAUAGCUUUAAUUCAAAAUUUAAUAAUAAUAACGAUAAUAAUAAUGAAGAAGAAAGUUUUAGUGAAUAUAAUCCAGACGAAGAACCAAUCGACUUGGAUAAAAUAUCAGAAAGCUCUUUUACAAGCGUACAACCAAAACAACAAAAUUCAUCAACAAUACAUUCACCACAAACCCAUAUACCUUUUAAAAAAAGACUGCAAUUUGAAAGUAGUCCAAUUAAAUCACCAACAAAUAUAGCGGCGCAACAACUAUCACCACAACUACAGCCACCACAAAUUCAAACCUCACCUCCUACAGUAACAUCAAAAAUACUGCCAAUCCAAACAGCAACUACUUCACCUCCGCAACCAGCAACCAAUAUUAGUAAACCCACACCACCUACCACUAGAAGACAAAAAGAACUAUUGGAAAAAGAAAAAGAAAAGGAGAAUCAAGAUAAAGAGGGUAUCGAUAGUAGCCAAGAACAAGAGCAACAUGAAAUUGAACAAGAGGAACAUGCCGAAACAAAAUCAAAACGAAAAAGAGAAAAACCAACAACAACUGUAACAACAACAACAACAACAACAACAGAAGAGACUACACCAACUAAAAAAGGUAGAGGUAAAAAAACUAUUAACGAGGUCCAAACUAAUCCAAAUGAUGCACAGAAAUUAAAAACCUCUUAUAUGAACCCAACUUUAAAAUCACAACUUUCAAAAGCUCCUAGACAAGAAAUGUUAGAUUUAAUUCAAAAAGAAGAUAUAUAUGAUGCAAAUAAAUGGAAUGCGUUAAAUGUCGAUCCUGCUCAAUUGCCAACUAUAGCAAUGGAAGCAAGAACCAAAGUACCAAGAUCCGUUAGGCAAAUUAUGCUUUUUCAUAUCUUAGAAAAAUGUUUAGAAAUUAUAAAAGAUUCAAAAAGAGCGAUUCCUCAAGCAGUAAAAAUAGAAGAAAUAAUUUAUGGAGACGCAUUUAGUAAAAAUGUAUAUUUAAAUUUGGUAGAUAUGGAGCUUCCAAAACUAUUAGAACAAACCAAAGAGGAGAUAGAAGGUAGUGAAGAAAAUGAAUCAGAAGAAGAUGAAGAGUAA